AUGCCGGAGGCCGGGAGCUCCGGGCAGGACCUCAUGCGAUGGAAGAAGAAGAAGCCGCCGGUGCGCCGCACGGUCAGCCAGAUCUGCCCGCCCCCUCGGCGGCCCCUGACGGUGGCCGACAUCCGCCCGGGCAUGGAGAACGAGAGGCUGGGGGUCGUGCGGGACUCCAUGUUGCAGAACCCGCUCAUCGUCAAGCCCAGCGGCCCUGCCAGCCUGGGCACAAACCGGCGCCCAUAUGACGCCAGUGCCGUGCAAAGGCCCCCUGGUCAGGUCAGCGAGCACCAUGGCCGCUCUGCCUUUGUCCUCCCACAGGCUGAGCUGGGCAAGCCCCGGGAAAGAAGCUGCAGUCUGCCCGGCGUCCAUUUCAACUACGGGCUCUACGUCCGGGGCCUGGACGGCGGGGUGCCGGAAGCCAUCGGCCACUGGGGCGUGUUUAAGCAGCAGCCCACCUGCCCCCACGAGCUGACCCGCAACUACGUGGCCAUGAACCGCGGGGCGGUGAAGGCCGGCCUGGUGACCGCCCGCGAGAACUUCCUGUACCGGCAGCUCAAUGACAUUCGCAUCAGCGACCAGGACGACCGGCGCCUGAAGAAGGAGCCGCCCUCCCUCCCUCCGAACAUGACAUUCGGGAUCCGGGCACGGCCGUCGACUCCCUUCUUUGACCUGCUGCAGCACCGCUACCAGCAGCUGUGGGUGCAGGAGCAGAAGGCCACGCAGAAGGCCAUCAAGCUGGAGAAAAAGCAGAAGGUGAUCCUGGGGAAGCUGUACGAGACCCGGAGCUGUCAGCUGAGGAAGUACAAGCCUCCCGUGCAGCUGGACGCCUUCUGGCACAUGCCCCUCUUCCAGAAGGUGGGCCCCCGUCUGGAUACCUUCCCCACGGAGGCCGAUCGCCAGAGAGCGCUCACAGCGCACCGAGAGGAGUGUGCCGUGCGCCAGGGGACCCUGCGGAUGGGCAACUACACCCACCCCUGA